UGGGUAGUCGGUACCAUUCACUCACAAGUCACAGCUCUUGAGCCUCUUCACUGUCUCUCUCUGUCUCUCUCUUUCUCUCUCACAGCUAAAUAUCUCUCUCUCUUUCAAAAAUGGUAAACCAUCGGAUUCAAAACGAACCGUUUUCGCUGUCUCUGACAUUGCUCCGAAUCUUUAGCUACUAACUUCACUGUGUGGGACAUUUGGUGCUUGUGACUAUACAUAUCUGAUCAGAUUGAAGUGGGAACUAUAACUAGGAAUUAUUCAACUUUUUUCUGAAAACAUGGUUCUAGGCUUGAGAGCAAAGAACCGGGGUGGCACCUCGGUUCAAAUCAAUUAUAUGAUCCAUGUUCAGGAGAUUAAGCCUUGGCCCCCAUCACAGUCGCUUAAAUCACUCCGUUCCGUCCUGAUUCAAUGGGAAAAUGGUGAUCGGAAUUCUGGUUCUACCAACCCUGUUGUACCAUCACUUGGGUCGGUUGUUGGUGAGGGAAAGAUUGAAUUCAAUGAGUCUUUUAGGCUGCCCGUGACUUUGUUUAGGGACAUGUCGGUCAAAGGUGGGGAUGGUGAUACAUUUCAGAAGAAUUGCUUGGAGUUUAACUUGUAUGAGCCCAGGAGGGAUAAGACCGUGAAGGGCCAGUUGUUGGCGACUGCCAUAAUAGAUUUGGCAGAGUAUGGUCUUGUGAAAGAGACCUUAAGCGUUAGUGCUCCAAUGAACUGCAAGAGGAACUAUAGGAACACGGAUCAACCGCUUUUGUUUAUCAAAAUUCAACCUGUUGAUAAGAAACGUACUAGUUCCUUGUCGAGGGACAACCAAUCGAGUGGGACGUUGCUGGAUAAUAAUGGUGGUGAAUCUGUUUCUGGCUUGAUGAAUGAAGAGUAUGCUGAGGAAGCUGAGAGUGCAUCUUUCACUGAUGAUGAUAUUUCGUCUCACUCAUCUCAGACGGUUUCUUCUGCUCUAGGCUCUAAUGGGGGCUUACAUCCUCAAAAUGAAGAGAAUGGACCAGACAUGGUGACACAUAGCAAUGGAGGGGGUAACAAGGAACAUGCCCUGGCUUCAAAACUGAAGCUUGAAAAAUCAAAUAUGAUGCCGCAUGUAGGAUCACAUGAAAAUCUAAAAAGGAGUUCAUCUUGCACAUCAUCAAUAGACUUAUCUUCUGAUCUGGGAAGCCCAGUAAAUGUUCCUGCUCCUAUAUUGAACUCACUUAACUCUAGUUCAAUGCCAAUACAACAAAAUGUUGCUUCUCAGGGUGCUCAGUCUUCCUCCUCAUCUUUGGUGUAUGAAAAUAUGGAGGAAGAUUCUGAUGCCAGCAUUAGAAGCAAUGACCAUGGGCAUUUGACUCAGGAAGUUCAUGAAAAGGUUGCUGAUAGCAUGAGUGCAGUUUUAAGCAAUGGUCAAAAGAGCAUCAAGAAAUGUAUAUCUAACAAUUUUUCUAUCAAGGUAUCAUCUCCAGACAAUAAUUCCCCGGUAGUUAAGAAGCUAGACUCCACUAGGUUUGGUGGUUCUCAAGUUAAUGGGAAAAAUGAUGGGAAAGGUCAGGAAAUUGGCAGGGAUCACAAAGAGGAGGCUGAAACCGGUGAUGAUACCUACGAUAGUGCUACAGAGGAUGAAAAGGAACCACAUGAAAAUGGAGAUGAAAUAAACAACUUGGAUGAGAAGAGGCAUUCUACAGAAGAUAAACCAUUACAUAUCGAAUAUGCUGCCAGAGUGCAAGUCUCUUUAGAAGGCGAUACAUUUUCUUUAAGCAGGGGAAAUCUUGGAAUGCAGAGCAACGUCCUUAAAAGUGACAGAUUAAAGAAUGUCAAGUCUGUUAGGUCAACAACAGAAAUAGCGAGGACCAAUGGAUCAGUAAGUAGUAAUCAGCAAACCGAAGUAAAGGAAGUAAGUGUACCUGGAGAUGCACUGCACAUUGCACGAAACCUCAGAAGCAAUGAUAAAAAAGAAUCUAAAGUUUAUCCAAAGGAUACCAGAAGUACCCUUUUAGACAGCAAAAUCCAGCAAUUGGAUCACAGAAUAAAGAAGCUUGAGGGAGAAUUAAGGGAAGUGGCUUCUAUUGAGGCUGCUCUUUAUUCAGUAGUUGCUGAGCAUGGAAGUUCCAUGAGUAAGGUCCACGCUCCAGCUCGGCGCCUUUCAAGGCUGUAUCUUCAUGCUAGUAGGGAAAAUUCUCUAUCAAAGAGGGCAUCUGCAGCCAGAAGUUCUGUUUCAGGACUAGUUUUGGUAGCAAAAGCAUGUGGAAAUGAUGUUCCGAGGUUGACAUUUUGGUUGUCCAAUUCUGUUGUGUUGAGAACAAUUAUAAGCCAAGCCACUGGGGACCUAAAGCUACCACUCUCUGCUGGAGCUUAUAUUGAAAGGAAUGGUGGGGUAAAGGGAAAUAACAAGGUAUCAUCCAUGCUAAAAUGGAAAGCAUCUUCUCCUGGAAGAGAAGAAAAUGGAAAAACUCUGUAUGGGAGUUUUGGCAAAUGGGAGGACCCACAUACAUUUACAUCUGCACUAGAAAAAAUAGAGGGUUGGAUCUUCUCCCGAAUCGUUGAGUCUAUCUGGUGGCAGACUCUGACUCCACAUAUGCAGUCUGCUGCUGCAACAGCAAUUCAUAAAGGUAUGGGUUCCAGCUCAAGUAAAAACUUUGGAAAGUCUAGUUCAGGUGAUCAAGAGCAAGGGGACAUUUCGUUAGACCUUUGGAAGCAGGCUUUCGGGGAUGCCUGUGAGAGACUUUGUCCUGUCCGAGCUGGAGGGCAUGAGUGCGGCUGCUUGCCUCUGAUGUCUAGAUUGAUAAUGGAGCAAUGCGUGGCAAGAUUAGAUGUGGCUAUGCUCAAUGCUAUUCUUCGUGAAUCUGCAGAUGAGAUCCCAACAGAUCCUGUAUCUGACCCCAUCAGUGAUUUGAAGGUUCUUCCUAUUCCAGCUGGGAAAUCAAGCUUUGGGGCUGGUGCACAACUGAAAAAUGCGAUUGGAAACUGGUCUAGAUAUCUGAGUGACUUAUUUGGUUUGGACGAUGAUGACUCACUUGAAGAUGUAAAUAACCAUGAUGACAAUGAUGAAAAAGAAGAAACAUACUUCAAGCCUUUCCAUAUCCUUAAUGCAUUGAGCGAUCUCAUGAUGCUUCCAAAGGACAUGCUUUUGAAUGAAUCCAUUAGGAAAGAGGUGUGCCCUACAUUUGGUGCGCCAUUGAUCAAGAGAGUUCUCGACAAUUUUGUUCCAGAUGAGUUUUGCCCAGACCCAAUUCCAGAUGCUGUGUGUGAAGCGCUGGACUCUGAGGAUCAUCUGGAGGAAGGGGAGAAGUCGCUGAUGAACUUCCCAUGCAUUGCAGCUCCUAUAGUCUAUUCACCACCUUUGGCAGCUUCUGUUGCAAAGAUUAUUGGAGAGGUUGGAAGCCAACCACACCUGAGAAGAAGUGGCUCCUCGGUGCUUAGGAAAUCGAACACCAGUGAUGAUGAGCUUGAUGAAUUGAAUUCACCCUUUGCUUCCAUGUUCAUUGAUGGUUCCCGUUCUUCACAAGUUCUAUCAAAACCCAGCUGGAUAUCAAAGGAAAAGGGCCAUCAAACUGUGAGAUAUGAACUCCUUCGUGACGUAUGGAUGAAUAGCGAUUAACUCAAUAUAUGUGUUACAGGUAUAUAUGUAGAAGUUAUCUCUUUGGAGUUGUAUGUUUGUACUCCGGUUUUGGUUUCACCGUCUUAGGUGUCAAUGACUGUAAAAAAAAGGAUUGUGGGGGGUGGGGGGGGGGGGGGGGGGGGGGGGAAGGGGUGUCAAUUGCAGUAGCAUAUAUGAUAUAAUAAAUUGGGGUGAGAGAGAAUUUCAGAAAAUAU